AACAUCUCAUUUACUAGUAUUAGUAAUUAAUUUGAAAAGAUAUAAUUAUGUGGUGAUAUAGCUGCAACUGAAGCUCCUAUACUGUCCCUUAGACAAAGAAAGGGGAUUCAAGAACCCGUUUAACCCAAUAGUGUGAUUGUGAGAGAAUAGUGGGAUUGUGAGAGUGGUGGCUUUUGAAGACUUGCCAGCUGAAGAUUUCAUGAGAAAAGAAGAUCCAUGUGUGGUUAUCAUGUUGAAGAAAUCGUAAACGAAAUCCAAGACAAGGGAAAAGCAGAUCUAUUUCCGGUUUGGAACCAGACAUUGAUUUUGUGGUGGAAGAUGUUUUGCAUUCUCUAUUGAUUCUUGACAUAUGGGACCAUGACAAGUUUGGCAAGGUGAGAUAAAUGUUAAAUAAACUAAACUUAAUUUAUGUAUGAAUCUACAAAUAUAAUAUAAAAUAGGGAGAGUGAUAAUGACACUUGACUGUUGGAAUAAGCUUGUUUCAUUUGACUAUUAAUGAAGAACGAAAAAUUGAGGAAGAAGAUUAGGAAUUUAGGAACUGAAAUGGUGGAGCAACCUCAGUGCCGUGCGAAGGAUUUCAGGGGCCUAAGUCAAGUUUUAAAAAUAAAUUUAUAUACAACUAUAAAAAAAACAAUUUUUUAAUAUGAUAUAUCACAUUCGCGAAAUACAUAAGUUUAACACUUAUUACGUAAAUAUGAUAUAUUAUGUCCUAUAAAAAAUGUAUAUGGAUUUAGAAAUUGAGUUAUUCGAUUCUCGUGGAUAGUUUUUUUUUAAAUAUAAGUUUAAACAACUAAACUAGAAAUUAUUUUAAAUUUUGGGGCCCUAGAAAACGUAAUAUUAUUUAGGGGCUUAAGGCGAAUGUCUUUUUCAAUACACUAUAAGCACGACUCUGAGCAACCUGCGUGAGAAGAAAAAAGAGUUUUAUUAGUCACGUGUGAUACGUACACAUGAUCAAUGAAAUUAAAAGGAAAUCAUCUUAUUAAAUAAGAAUAGGAAAUAACUGAAUUAGCAUUUUUAGAAUAGUAAUUUUCCUUACAUUGUUGCUAAAGGUUUUGCUAUAUAUAUUGAAGAGACACAGAUUCGUCUUUCUUACUGUUCGGUCUGAAACACAAAAGUUGUUAUCAUGUUCUCGGAGAUGUCUGUGUACGGCAGUUACUCUAACGGAGACGGCAUCUUCGGAUCCAACGGUGGUCACGACGGUCCUAUCUUGCCACCGCCGUCCGCGAUGGAGUCUGAUGAGGGAACUGCUCUCAGAGAAUGGAGAAGACAGAAUGUAAUUCAUCUCGAGGAGAAGGAGAAGAGAGAAAAGGAGUUGUGGAACCAAAUAAUUGAGGAAGCUAAUCAAUUCAAAGAGGAGUUUCAUAAGAAGAGAGAGCAAACUUGUGAAAAUAACAAAGCAGCUAACAGGGAGAAAGAAAAGCUGUAUGUGGAGAACCAAGAGAAGUUUUACGCGGAAGCCAGCAAGAACUACUGGAAGGCAAUAGCAGAGCUAGUUCCUAAAGAGGUUCCAACUAUAGAGAAACGAAGAGGGAAGAAAGAGGAAGAUCCCAAGAAGCCUUCAAUCUCUGUGAUUCAAGGUCCAAAGCCUGACAAGCCAACCGAUCUCUCAAGAAUGAGACAGAUAUUGCUGAAGCUCAAACAGCACCCAAAGAAUGUUCAAACCAAGCCCACCGAGGCUGUUGCUGCUGCUUAAUAAGCCAUCUUUGUUUUUCAUCUUUGUGUGUUAUAUAUACAGCUGAGAUAUUGUAAGGGCACAUGUGUGGGUUAUUAUUAACAUAGUUAUGUCAUGUUGGAUGAUACUUGAUAGCAUUCAUGUUUGAACUCAAUCAGAAAUCAUUAAGAAGUGGUUAAAUAAUUUUAAAAAAACGAUCAUUAAUAAUAAUAACAGCUUUUCUGAAAUCUUAUUUUCGCUUCUUCUGAAGGCAAUCCAACGUUUCUUUUUUUCUUAACCACAAUCCAACACGAGUGAUGUUAGAAGGAGAGUUUCAAGAGUGUUAUGAGUUAGAUGGAGCUAAAUCAGAGGAGAUUUGUAUCCAUCUCUAAUGGAGAUUUAAGCUCAAAGACGCCUCUUGAUUCUGCUCUUGCCUGUCAGCAGUUCAGCACAAUUACUUUACCUUUUCUUAUUGUCGUUUCUUUGCUUUUUUCUGUUGUAUAGUGUACUGGUGACUGAUGUUACUCAUCCUUCCUUCCUUGCCAUGCAAGAAAGCAAUAUAAAUAAGUUUCAAAAAAGAAUAAAAAGAAAGUAAUAUAAUUAAAGAAAAGCAUACACUUAUUUUGUUAAUAUAUUGUAAAUUGUGACUGAACUGAGAGAUAUUCGUGUAGAUUGCGUUUUUGGCCUUUUAGGGAUUUUUCAAAAUCUUGAGUAUUAUCGCAAAUAGCACAAUGAAAAUAUUUUUUCGCUAAAAUAUAGACAUCGUACUAUUACUGAUGAUCUUUUCAUGUAUCGUAUAGCCCUUACAUAUAAAACAAGAAUAUUUAAAAUUUUAUUGAGGAAUAACGCCCAAUUAUACCUAACAAAUCUCAACCAAAUCGAUAAAUUUGCGUUGAAUGUAAUAUGUUUUUGAUAUAAUUAUUUCUAUGUGUUGAUAAGUACCACAACUUAAAUCUAAGUCAAUCUUCAAAGCAAUAAAAAACGAAUAAAAAGCAAAAUAUAUUUUGUUUGAGAACCGAUCGAACCACUUCCAACCUAAACCGUGCCAAA